GCCUCUCAGUUCGUCUCAGUCCGAGAUGGUGUCCAGGCUGAGGAGGCUUGUGCGACCGAUGUGCCGGCCACUGCAAUGGCAAGGUGGCCGCGUGGAGAAGGCCGACGCUCUGCUCGACUAUCUCCUGAAUGCGACGCAGCUCCCCCUGGGCGCCGCGGCGCCCUCUCCUGACUGCGAGGGGGCGACCAUCGACCCGAGCAAGGCUGCCUUCGCCAAGGCGGGCAAGCCUGGCGACCUCCUCCAGUACCUGAAGCAGUGGGAUGACGUGGGGCGACCGGAGCUGGUCGACGUGGCCGACUCCCCGCAGGCCCUGCGAGGUACCCUGUUCCCCGUGUUCAAGGACGCCAACACGCAGAGGGUCGUCUUCAAUCGCAUCGCUCGCAACUCGGCUGAGUUGCCGCUGGGCGGCUUCUCCAGACUGAUCCCGAGCGCCGCCGCGCUGGUGGACCUGGAGGUGCCGGCUGGCUUUGUCCUGCGCGUCUGGGCGGACGACCUCCAGGACUUCUAUCCCGCCUUUGACUGCGCUUACGACGUGGCCUGCACCAGCGACGUGGCGCUCCCGCUCCCGACGAGGCUCUACGAGGGCUUCGCAGCGCUGGGCCGGCUUCGGAGGCGUUGCCGUCGUGAGGGUCGCGAGCUCCCCGAGAAAGUGGUUCCCUGCCAUGGCAGCCUGAUCAUGGGGGGCCUGAACGCUCCCGACUGGGCGUGCGAGUCCCACAUGCGGCUGCUCGCCCACGCUGGCAGCUUCCCCCCAGAGCGGCGGGUGCUGAACCGCCACCUUGCCCCCGAGGGGUCUGCCUGGGAGGGCGUCGUGCUGGGCGACCACUUCGGCCUGGCGGUCGACGCUCCAGGCUCACGGGAAGCUCGGCGAGCCAUCGAGGAGUCCUUCGCCCUUGCGCGCGAGGGCUAUGCCAAGGCUGGCCUCAGGGUCAGCGCGGGCAAGGAGGUGAAGGACGCGGCGGAGGCGACGGUCAUCGGGGCAGAGCUUCUGGGCCACGACCGGCUCGUCGGCGCCUCACGCACCCGCAGGCUGGCGUUGGCCUGGAUGGGCCUGUCCAUGGCCCGAGGCCGACGCUCCACUACGCUUGGGCUGCAGAGGUUCCUUGGCAUGGGGCUUUUUGCCGCGCUGUUCCGGCGGCCGACCCUGUCGCUCCUCCACUACUGCUACGAGGAGGUCGACGUCGGCCGCGACCCGCACGAGGUGUUCGACCUGAGCAGCGCGGCCUGCAACGAGUGCGCCCUGUUCGCGGUUCUCCUCCCGCUGAUGGCCACCGACCUCUCCGCAGGCUGGGGGCCGCAUGUUCUGGCCCCGGACGCCUCGCACCUGGCCGGAGCGUCCGUCAAGACGCCUGCCUCAGCGCCCACCGCCAGAGCUUUUUGGCGCCAGCGCGAGCAGCGAGGCGCUCGUACGUGGCUUUACCCCUCAGGCUGGGCUGCCCUUGCCAACCCCGAGGACGGCGCCGUCCUGCUGGACCUGGAGGAGGAUGCCGCACCUCCCCCUGGCGUCGUCGACCCGACGCUCUCGCUGAUCGAGUACUUCGACGUGCUGGAGCCCUGCUGCGGGGAGGAGGCCCGCCUCAUGGGCUACCUCGCGGACCGGGGCCUGCGUGCGGGCCCGAGGAUAGACAUCAAGUGCCGCAAAUAUUGGGACCUGGUCGACUCACGCUUGGCGGAGUGGGUAGUAUGGCUGAUCUGGCAGAGGCGCGUCAAGAUGACCAUAUCACAGGGUGUGCAUGCUGGCGCUGUUCGCCCACCUUCUCUCGGGCCACGCUUGCGCGAGCGCUCCCUGACGGCCUACUCUUGGUACACGCACAUCGUCGAGUUCCUGCUGACGCACGAGGCCGUGGAGCGCUUCGACCUCUCGAUGUGCCAGUUCGGCGCGCCCUGGAAGAAGGACACUAGCCUCCUGGUCGUGCGGGGCUCAUGGCUGGCGCCUGUGGCGAGGCGCUGUCGCGGAGGGCACAAGCACACGGUCUUAGAGGGCGGCCUGACUCCCAAAGCCGCGCUCUACCCGCACGGCUUCUGCGACGAGCUGUCCAAGCUGAUCGCCGACAACCUGGACGGGCCGACUCCGCCGCCGCCGGCGGAGAGCUCGGCGCCCGCUGGAGCGUUCGAGGCCCUCUGGCUGAACGACUACGUCGGCUUCGCUCCCUGGCAGCUGCACUGCCACCGCCUUUUCCGCAAGCCCCUCCACAUCAACUUGCUGGAGAUCGACGCGGCCUGCGACGCGGUGGGCGAGCAGGGCCUGCGGUUCCCUGAUUGCAAGCACAACCUCCUCCUGGACUCCCGCGUCUCGAUCGGGGCCAUCAGCAAGGGCCGCUCCUCAUCGACUGCGAUCAACAAGCUCUUGAGAAGGAGGGCCCUGUUGCAGCUGGCCGCGGGCUCGUGCGUCGGAUGCCACUUCGCGCCGACGCGACUGCAGCCAGCCGACGCCCCGUCGCGCACGCUCCGCGACCCGGCGAGCGCUCGGGCCCGCGGGGCCGAGGCUCCGUCUCUCGCUCCGUGCUGGCUGGCCGGCCUCGAGGCUGGGGGCGCCUCAGCCUUCCGCGCUUGGGCUGCGCUCCCGCUGCAGCGCCGGCAGCAGUCACGGUGGGAUUGGCUGGUGGCGUGCCUCUGGUGGCGCGGGCUCCUGCGGCUCGCCCCUCGACCGCGGGUGCGCGACCCCGCGCUGGGCUUCCCGGGCGAGGGCCCGCGCGGCGGAGCCUGGCCGGCGCGGCCGCGGGCCCGCCUGGUCGGGCUCUUGGUGCUGCCGCUGCUGCUGUGGGGCCCUGCGGCCGCGCCGCGCCCGCCGACCUCCCGCCCCGCGGGGGUGGGCCUGGCGGCCACGCGCGGCCUGACGCCAGUGGUCCAGGCGCGCCGUGCUGCCCUCGUCUCGCAGCUCCAGCACUGGCUGGCGGGCCGCGGCGUGCCCAGCUGGGACCUGUUCAUCCUGAUGGACCCAGCUCCGGUGGCUCGCUACCUGGCCAAGUACGGCCCGUUUUUGUACGACGCGAUGCGGAGCCGCCACGACUACGACGAGACGAUCAAUGCGGUGGUGGACGCAAAUCGUGCCCUCCGACACCCACUCGACGCGGCGUGGGACAUCUCCUUCACGCGGAAGCACCUGACGCCUGGCUCGAACCAUCAGGCGAUGCCGGAGGCGCUGCUGCUCGCUUCGGUGAGCCUUGCACUGGCGUGGGGCUGGUGCGACGUCGCCGGCGGCCUGCUCCUCGGCAUCUUCGGGAUGAUGAGGCCCUUCGAGUUCCUGAGGCUGAGGUUCGGGGACCUGGUGCUCCCCUCGCGGAC